AUGGGCACCAAGGGAAAAGUUAUUACAUGCAAGGCAGCCAUUGCCUGGGAAACAGGCAGUCCCCUUUGCAUUGAAGAAGUUGAAGUGUCUCCCCCCAGGGCUCAUGAAGUUCGAAUUCAGGUAAUUGCCAUGUGCGUGUGCCCAACUGACAUCAACGCUACCAACCCUAAGAAGAAAGCUCUCUUCCCUGUAGUCCUUGGCCAUGAGUGUGCAGGAAUUGUAGAAAGCGUUGGGCCAGGAGUGACCAACUUCAAACCAGGUGACAAAGUAAUUCCAUUCUUUGCACCGCAGUGUAAAAAGUGCAAGUUCUGUCUGAGUCCUCUUACAAACCUCUGUGGGAAAAUCCGGAACUUUAAAUACCCCAAUACUGAACAAGUGCUCAUGGAAGACAGAACAAGCAGAUUCACCUGCAAAGGAAAACCAAUUUACCAUUUCAUGGGAGUCAGUUCAUUCUCUCAGUACACUGUAGUUUCAGAAGCCAAUCUUGCCAGAGUCGAUGAUGACGCAAACUUGGAGAGAGUUUGUCUGAUUGGAUGUGGGUUCUCAUCAGGCUACGGGGCUGCCAUCAACACUGCCAAGGUCACCCCUGGCUCUACCUGUGCUGUCUUUGGCCUGGGCUGUGUAGGUCUUUCUGCAGUAAUUGGAUGUAAAAUGGCAGGUGCUUCCAGAAUCAUCACUAUUGACAUCAACAGCGAGAAGUUUCCAAAAGCCAAGGCCCUGGGAGCCACUGACUGCCUUAAUCCCAAGGACCUAGAUAAACCUAUCCAGGAUGUCAUCACUGAACUGACCAACGGAGGUGUGGAUUUCUCCCUUGACUGUGCAGGAACAGCUCAGACCUUGAAAGCAGCGGUGGAGUGCACGAUAUUUGGCUGGGGAUCAUGUACUGUGGUUGGAGCAAAGGUUGAAGAAAUGAAUCUAUCCACUGUGGACAUUAUAAUGGGCCGUUCUAUAAAUGGAACAUUCUUUGGUGGUUGGAAAAGUGUAGAUUCUGUCCCAAACCUGGUUACUGACUACAAAAAUAAGAAAUUCAAUCUGGACAUACUGGUGACCCAUACCUUACCUUUUGACAAAAUCAAUGAGGCAAUUGACCUGAUGAACCAAGGAAAAAGCAUCCGAAUAAUCCUGACCUUUUGA